AAAAAGGAAACUGAAAAGAAAAAGGAAGGAUUCCGAGUUCUCAAUUUCUUGUUCGUCUUCCUUAUAAAAGCCUAGCAAGCGAUCUACUGUAUUUUCUUAGGUGAACAAUUUUGUUGGGGAGAAACGCGAUUGGGUCAUUCAUGAUGUUUGGGUCCGCUCAUUGAAGAGAGAACGCGUGAAUUCUGCAGGCUCUCUUUCUUUCUUCUUUCCUUUUUUUUUCUUUCUUUCUUCUUUUUUGGUUUUCGAUAUAGAGGAGGUACUCCUUUCAAUGCAAGCUUGGAAAUGAGGGAGCUUUGGAGGUGGUUCAUGGAGGAUUGGUCGGCCUGAGGUUCGGGGGCCAAUGCUGGGCAGAGGAAAGGAGGGAAGCAUAAGAAGUAAUGAUGGUGGUGCAGUCCUUCUUCUGAAGUUUCCUCUUGUUUUUUUUUUUUUUUUGUUUGGUCUUCUUGGCUGUAAAUUAUUGAAGAGUUGGAGUUUUCCUUUUUGUGGUUCCUUUUAUUUUGGCUUUCGUUGGGCAGGGGAAGGGAGGGAGUUACCUUGUUGGUAGCUGAUUGUCUGCCGGCUUCUUGUGUUUCCGAUGGAGAUUUAGUCGGAAAAUCAGAGUGUGUUGAGCCGUCGAGGGAGUUCCUUGGUUCAGGAAGUGAAAGGAGGUCUUUUUUAUGAAUAUGCAUGUCUGGAAUUGUCGUUUCCCUUUUUCCUUUGGGAAGUUCUUCUGGUCAAAUUGAUUUGCGGAGACUUUUCUUCUUCGGCGGCCGGCCCCAAUUGAACUGCUUGUAAAUGCUUCACCUGCGUUUCUGCAAAAAUCAGACAUUCCACACGCUCUGUUGGUCCUCAAUGGAAAGAAUGGAAUUCUUUGGAGCUCGAUUCUAGUUUUGCUAUGAAAGUUUCGGAAAAUUGCUCGAGUAUGGCCCUUUUCUCGUGUGCUUGUAUCCAAGAUCCGAAUUUUUUUUCUUUCUUCGGUCGGUGUUAAUGUUCAGCAGAAGUUUCUUGCUUUCUCUGGUCGAUUUUCUGCGAGGAAAAUAAGCACCUCUCUGUUCGAGCCGAAUUUUGCCCCUAAAAUGAAGUUUUCCAGCAAGUCCUCACUCUUAAAAGUGAAGUUUUCAAGUUUGGAAUUGUUGGUCUCUCUUCUUUUCUCCGGCUUUCUGCUUCUGCCAUUGAUUUCUGCCGAGGACUGUAAUCGGAUAUGCGGCGACCGGAACGUCCCUUACCCGUUUGGAUUCUCCGAAGGUUGCCUCAUUCGGUUAGACUGCCAAAAGAACGAGGGCGAAAGCAUCGCCUUCAGUGGCCAGCCCGUUGUUAAUUUCACGGGCGAGAGUCUCAUACUCAGAUUUCCAGUGAACUGCAGCCGUCCGUUCAAAGAGUGGAACCGUUUCUAUGGGAAAUUUUAUGCGUUAACGGGCAGGAACGGUCUUCUUCUACAUAAUUGCAGCUCGCAGACAACCAGUUUUAUCGAGGGACCUUUGGUCGGCGAACGCCUUAAUGUCAGCUGCGGUCGGGAGAACAUAAGAUUUUUCUCCGAUGAUUCAUACGGGUUCAUGAGAAAGAACCUUCUUUCGAAUUUGAGUUGCGAGUACCUGGUGACGUCUGUAGCGGCGGAGCAGGCGGCGUUGUCUCUGGAUUUUCAGACGAUGGAAUUGGGGUGGUGGCUGAACGAUAGCUGCUCGGCCUGCUCCUCGAAUGCACAUUGCUCUAACAUCACAUCUCCGUUCGACAGGAAUCCGGCGAUUAGAUGCAGCUGUAAUGAGGGAUUUGUAGGAGACGGGUUCCAAGUCGGAGAUGGUUGCCGGAAAAGUUCUUCCUCGUGCAAUCCUUCAAAAUACAUGGCUGGCCGAUGCGGGGGCAGGACGAGAAUUGGUGUUUUAAUUGGAGGCAUUGUAGCUGGAGCUUCGUCGGUGGUCUUGGUUGGCUUGCUGUUCUUCCUCCUCAGGCGACGCAGAUCAUCUUUGAGGUCCCGAAUGAGUGCCAAAGGCUUGUUGUCUAAAGCGGUUGGUUCCUUCAAUGUGCCAUUUUAUCCCUACAGAGAGAUAGAAAAAGCUACAAAUGGUUUUUCAGAGAAGCAGAGGCUGGGUACUGGGGCCUAUGGCACGGUUUAUGCCGGGAAAUUUCACAACGGUGAAUGGGUAGCGAUUAAGAAGAUCAGACACAGAGACACGGAUGGAAUUGAGCAGGUCAUGAAUGAAAUCAAGCUUCUUUCAUCAGUCAGCCACGCCAACCUGGUCCGGCUGCUAGGUUGUUGCAUCGAGCAAGAUGAACAGAUUCUGGUCUACGAGUUCAUGCCCAACGGAACUCUUGCGCAGCAUCUGCAGCGGGAGAGAGGCCAAGGUCUUCCUUGGUCUGUCAGAUUGGAAAUCGCUGCAGAGACAGCACAUGCCAUUGCUCAUCUUCACUCUGCUCUGAACCCGCCAAUUUAUCACAGAGACAUCAAGUCCAGCAACAUUCUCUUGGAUUACAAUUUCAAAUCAAAAGUUGCUGAUUUUGGGCUCUCAAGAAUGGUGUCCACUGAAACAUCUCAUAUUUCCACUGCUCCCCAAGGGACCCCUGGGUAUCUGGACCCUCAGUACCAUCAGAACUUCCAUCUCUCAGACAAGAGCGACGUUUACAGUUUCGGCGUAGUUCUUGUUGAGAUCAUAACUGCUAUGAAGGUGGUGGAUUUCUCUAGAAAUCACAGUGAAGUGAAUUUAGCUGCACUGGCGAUUGAUAAGAUCGGGAAAGGAUGCCUAGAUGACAUAAUCGAUCCUUUCCUCGAGCCGAACCGCGACGCAUGGACGCUCUCGACCAUUCAUAAGGUUGCAGAGCUUGCCUUCAGGUGCCUUGCUUUCCACAGGGACAUGAGGCCGUCGAUGCUGGAGGUGGCCGUCGAGCUGGACCGCAUCAGAUUCAGCAAUGACAGCAACAAUUACGCCAUGUCGCCGUGCUCCUCAAUGUCAUCGGCGAGGUCUCAACUGUCAACAAUGAAGAAACAUGGCAGCAGCAUAAACGCAGUUGUUCCUCACAUGGUGAUUGGGAUCCCCACAGAGGUGAACGGAAUGUCGCCCCAGUCGGUGCACGAACGCUGGUUUAGCGAGCAGAGCUCUCCUUCAACAAACGGCUUGUUGGACAACGUAGUUCAGUGAUCUAAACUUCUGAUCACAAAAUUUUCCAUGUGUGAAUAUUGGCGACCACACUAGGUCUCUUGUUCAUUCUUGUUGUAAAUGUAAAAUGUUCGUGUUUAUCUCGUUCAUGUCAAAGCUUCUAAAAUCCCUGGAUUCUGAACUAAUAGUUCACAGUGGAACAGCGUCUACCACAGAACAACAGUGCAAGGCCCUUAUCUUGAACUUGUUUAUUUGAGGUGUAAAGGCACAUCUCAAAGGCAUUUUAGAUUUCUCAUUAGCAAUUUCUUGCAGGGUAUAUAUCAAAGUGGUAGAUUACGUUC